UCCCCUACACUGCCGAGAUUUAACUACAAACCCUCGGUCUUACAGGGGAGCGCCCCUGAAACCGGAAGUCUAGAACUCCGCUACCCCCGGCUGGAAGCAAAACGGGAAGUAGCGUCACGGUGGCUUUUCUUUUUUCUUCUGUCAAUCUCUGUGAGCGACUCGGAGUCUUUAUGGUUCCGGACUGUGAGGUCGGCACGGGUUAUAUGGAAUUUCGCUUGACAGCGACGUCCCGAGGUGGACUAGAUUGUGGGAGAACGAAGCUCUCUGCGGGAACCUGCGCGCCGUGCGCGGUCGGGGAGCGUCGUAAAACUGCCGUAACGCCGUGUCUGCUGUACGACAGCUAUUGUUUCGCCCACUUCCCAGCCUGCAAACCUUCGUAAUUUUCUUUCUUCUUUUUUAAAUCACAAGGAAAAGAUAUUUUCGCUGUUGGAUACACGUUAAAGGGAGUCCCCGAGGGUCCUCCCGCCUCAUGGACCUGGCAACUGCCCUAUGCACGGGUAGUCUUCUUUCUGUUUACCCAGUCUGCCUUGAGGAUAAGGAAAAGGUAGAGAAUGGUGGCCCACUGAGAGGUUUUUAUCAGGACUCAGUGACCUUUGAUGAUGUGGCUGUGGACUUCACUCAAGAGGAGUGGGUUAUAAUGGAUCAAACUCAGAGACCUCUACAGAGAGGUGAUGCUGGAGAACUACCAGAACUUGUCCUCAGCAGUAUGAACCACAUCCAAGAAUACUUUUUUCCCCUGUGUGUGGGAUGUGAGGUCAUCAAACCCAGUCUGAUCUCCUGGUGGGAGGAGGAAGAUUUACAGGCAGUACAAAGAGAUGGUUUCCAGGGUGAGUAUUCGUGGAGAAACAAUUGUGAUCAGGAAGUUCCUUAAGUUUGGAAAUAGGAUGAAGUUUUUGUCUGUUUGUUUUCUUCCCUUUGAUUCAAGGUCUUACUGUGUAGCUCAGGCUGGCCCCUCCAAUAUUUCCAUCUUUACCUCCUGGGUUCUGGGGUUGUUGGUGUGCACUGCCACACACAGCCAUAUUGAACCCAACCCCCCAGUAUUAGGGAUUAAACCUUGAACUUGCUUAGGCAAACACUCUUACAACUGAGCUGUAUCUCCAGUCUUACGAUGUAAGUUUUUCAAAGGUACAGUUGAUCUCAGAAGCUGUCAGCCCUCUAUCUCAGAAGCAAUUCUGGAUUCCUUACACUUUGCUCCGACUUUUUCCGCGAUCCCACAGAAAUGCCUGUUGUGUUUCUCUUUUAUAAUUUCGUCCUGUGCCAUGCUGAGAUCUUCCCUCGUCAUUAUCCCUGAUAAUAUUCUUUUCACCAUCAGUUUUCAUUUUUACAAAGCAGUUUGUAGCCGGGCGGUGGUAAC